GCCUCUCGAGCCUUGUCCUCUCGCUUUUCCCCAAGCUGAUCAUGAAAAAUCCGCAAGUCCUGAGACCGUUGCUUAACAUAAGUUGGGGCUACCUUUUCGGGUCAACGUUCUGGUUGUGCUUCUUCUCCGAAAUUGGUUUGAUUAGGAGCUUGAAGAACAUCAGGCGAAUCCCCAUCCCCGAAAAUGCAGAAGAAGCAAAAAAACAGUUGGAAGAAAUGAAAAGCAUGGAAGGAGAUUUUACUAGAAGACGAGAAGACUUUCAAUAUUUUUUUGGUUUCUCUACUCUCUUUUCUGGCAUACUGCUUUUGUCCACCGUCAGAUUAGCAAAUCACAAUAUGCAACUGAGGAUUAGCUCCACCAUUGUUGCUUUGUCCUGCUUGCUAAAUAAUUUGUACCUUCAGAAUAAGGUUCAUGGUUUGAAGAUACAGAAGGAGAGCUUAUAUAAUGAGUUGAUUAAAAACCCCAAAAGUGAAACUGCCAUUGCUGAGAUUAAGAAGAACAAGAAAGACUUCCACAUAUACCAUGGGUUGUCUCUCCUCUCCCUGUACGUUUCCUUCCUCGGCCUGACUCCCUACAUUUUUACGU